ACAAACUACAAGAAGUUUUUAGUAAAUCCCAGGAAGCAAUACAUAGUGGAGAAAUUAAUGAAGUGGACAAUAGCCGCUUUAAUGAGGAAAAAGCCGAAGCGGAACGCAAAAAUAAAGAACGAAAAAACCGGGGCGAGGACCCUUUUCUCCAAGCUAAAAGAACUCAGGCCAUCAACGAAAUUACUCAGGCCAUUGAACAAGAACCUAAAAUUCCCGGCAAUUAUUUAGAACUUGCAGAUAAAAAUUGA